GAUCUUACUUCCUCAACUCUGUCUAGGAUGCGAUGUCAGGAUGUUCACCAAUUUGGUCAGAAGCUGGUUUGAAGGCAACAGUUGAAGCCCACUGAGGGGUCUGAGAGUCCCAGGGCCUGUCACCUGAACACCCUUGACCUGGUGGUCUUGGGUGUGGCCAGCACACUGGGGGCCGGCGUGUACAUCCUGGUGGGAGAAGUGGCCAUGUUCAUUGCUGGACCAGCGAUCGUCAUCUCCUUCUUGGUGGCCGCCCUGUCUUCUGCGUUGUCUGGGCUCUGCUAUGCCGAGUUUGGGACACGGGUCUCAUGGACCGGUUCUGCGCAUCUCUACAGCUACAUCAGUGUGGGAGAACUGUGGGCUUUCAUCACUGGUUGGAACCUCAUACUAGCUUAUGUCAUUGCUAUCCUGAGAAGCUCACGGGCCUGGAGCCACACCUUCGACAGCCUGAUUGGGAACCACAUCUCUCAGGCGUUAGAGGGAACUUUCUCUCCGUAUAUGCCCUACUUCCUGGCCACGUACCCAGAUUUUGUUGCAAUGGCCGUGUUGCUGCUUCUCACUGGACUACUGGCUCUGGGAGCUCCUGAGUCAACUCUACUUUACAAAGUGUUCACAGGCAUCAACGUUUUGGUUCUCAGCUUCAUCAUCAUCUCUGGCUUCAUUAAGGGAGACCUGCACAACUGGAAGCUCACAGAACAGGACUACACAUUGAACACGUCUGCAUCCAGUGGCACCUCUAGGUUGGGCCCUCUGGGUUCCGGAGGGUUUGCACCUUUUGGCUUUGAUGGUAUUCUCCAGGGAGCAGCUAUGUGUUUCUACAUGUUUAUUGGUUUUGAUGCCAUUGUCACUAAAGGGGAAGAAGCCCUAAAUCCUCAGUGGUCCAUCCCCGUGAGCACCAUGAUCACGAUCUUCAUUUGCUUUUUGGUGUGCUUUGGUGUCUCAGCAGCACUCACCCUCAUGGUGCCCUACUACCAGAUUCAUCCUGAGAGCCCCUUGCCAGAGGCUUUCCUCCUUGUUGGGUGCCCUGCCAGAUAUGUUGUGGCUGUUGGCGCCCUCUGUGCUCUUACGCCCAGUCUCCUAGGUGAUAUGUUCCCCAUGCCUCGGGGGAUGUGCGUGAUGGCAGAGGACGGACUCCCUUUUCGGGGCCUUGCCCAGAUCCACGCCCACACAGGCACGCCUGUCAGGGCCAUCCUGUCUUCUGGAAACCUUGCAGCGGUCAUGGCGUUACUCUUCAAGUUCAGCGAUCUGGCGGACCUCCUAUCAAUCGGGACCCUGCUUGCUGACUCCCUGGUGGCUCUCUCUGUGCUUGCCCUCAGGUACCAGCCAGAUCAGAAGUUCAGCAAGGAGAAAACAGAGGAGGAAAUUGAGAUGAAGCCUAAACUUGAAGAAAACCCUCUAGAGCCUGUAUCUGAAGCAGGAAACUCAAACAUUCUGAAGAGUCUGUGGUUCCCUACUGGCACCAUCCCCACCUGGAAAUCUGGCCAGAUUGUCUAUGGAUGUGCCUUCCUGCUUGUUCUCCUGCUGGCCAUCCUGAGCCUGGUCCUGGCCCAGUGGCCCAGCCAGUUGUUCUCUGGAGACCCCGUGCUCACAACAGUGGCUGUGCUGCUGCUGCUGCUCAUCACUGGGGUCACGAUCAUCAUCUGGAGGCAGCCCCAGAACCCCUCUCCUCUUCCGUUCAGGGUCCCUGCUCUGCCUGUCCUCCCACUGGUGAGCAUCUUUCUGAACAUUUAUCUGAUGGUGCAGAUGACUUCUGGGGCCUGGAUCCAAUUCAGUGUCUGGAAUGCCAUUGGAUUUGCCAUAUACUUUGGCUAUGGGAUCCGACAUAGCCUGGAGGAGAACUAG